AUGUUACAGUUGUUUAUUCUUUCUUUUUCGUUUCUACUUUCGUUUCUCUUUCUUUUUUUAAUUUCUUUUACCCUUCCUCAUUCUCUUUCAUUCAUUAAGUCUUUCGUUAGUUUAAAAAGCCGCUUUCUUUCUUUCAUUUUACUUCUUUCCAUUCGUUUUUUCCUUUUCUUUCUUUCUUUCUUUCUUUCUUUCUUUCUUUCUCACACUCCUCAGUACUCUCUCUCCUUUAUUAUCAUUUUCUCUAUCUUUUAUUCUUUCCCUUUCACAUCUUUUUGUUCGCUAUCCGAGCUGAACUUGUCAUAUCUUUGUCCCAAUUCUCUUAAUCUCUCUCUUUCGCUUUUUCGCUAUUAUCCAUCUCACCCACUCUCUCUCUCAUUCGUUUACCUUUUUAUAUCUCUCUUUUCUACAACAUUUACUCUCUCUCUCUCUCUCUCAAUAUAUUUCUUUCUUGUCUGUGCCUCUCUCUCUCUCUCUCUCUCUCUCUCUCUCUCUCUCUCUCUCUCUCUCUCUCUCUAUCUAUCUAUCUGUCUGUCUGUCUGUCUACGUAUCGAGCUAUCUCAGUCUGUUCAUAUCUAUCUUAAUCUGCUCAUUAUCUAUCUAUUUCAGUCUGUAUCUAUCUAUCUAUCUAUCUAUCUAUCUAUCUAUUUCAGUCUGUAUCUAUCUAUCUAUCUAUCUAUUUAUCUAUUCCAGUCUCUAUCUAUCUAUCUAUCUAUCUAUCUAUCUAUCUAUCUAUCUAUCUAUCUAUCUAUCUAUCUAUCUCUCUAUUUCAGUCUGCAUCUAUCUAUCUAUCUAUAUCUAUCUAUCUAUCUAUCUAUCUAUCUAUCUAUCUAUCUAUCUAUCUAUCUAUCUAUCUAUCGGCUCAUUAUCUAUCUCACUACGGAAGGUUUCAUAGUCAAGCAAUAUUCUGUUUAUCCUCAUUUUAUCUAUCUAUCUAUCUAUCUAUCUAUCUAUCUAUCUAUCUAUCUAUCUAUCUAUCUCAGUCUAUUCAUAUAUAGAAGAACAUAUUGUCUCCAUCCUUUUACAUUUCUUUUUUUAUUUUCAUUGCAUCAUAAUUAUAUCCUUUUUCAUAUUCUUUCUUUCUUUCUUUUACCGCGUUUCUUUUUCUUUCACUCACCGUCUUUCUCGCUUUCUUUCUUUUGUUACAUAGAAUUAUCUUUAUUUCUCUUUCUUUCAUUUACAUUGAAUCAUCAUUAUAUCUAUUUUUUCACCUUUUUUUCAUUUACCUCGUUUCUUUCUUUGUUCCUCACAUUUACCGUCUUUCUUUCUUUCUUUCUUUCUUUCACACUGAAUCACCGUUUUUCCAUAUCACUCCCUUUUUUCACAUAG